GGCUUUUAAAAUGUAAGACAGGUUUUAAUAGCAACUGUCAUUUUGAUUUUAGAUAUUCUAUCCUGGGUACUUUUAGCUACUUUCUCUUUUAACAUGUAAUCAACCUAUAUUUAAUGCUGGUCCAUGACUGUAAUAAAGAUUGAUUUUGAUACAUGCAAUAUACCCGGCCUGCUUACAGCGAGCCAACUGGUUUUUUGUGGGUUUUUUAAAGCGAUUUUGGAGCUCAAGAAUCCCAGCGCUUGGAGAGAAAGGCAGGGCUUUGCGAAAGCACUUUGAAGACCGGCGUCUAAUUCUUUAAUCUGGCUUUCCGUUGCGAGGAGGGCACCUGGUGGGCUUGGAAUUUCCAAAGAACAACGGGGAUUUCAUAUAUUUGAUCAGUAGCACACCUGGAUGUGUCAAAUGUUUGUGGCCAUAAUUAUGGCUGCACACCUGCUAGUUGAGUCCCCAAUUGGUUUACCAGAUGUACCCGGAGAGAUUUAUUUCUGGUAUACCUGACAAUUCCCACCCACCCCCUUCUCUCUCUUUGGGCAUCAUGUCUUGACUACUUAACAAAUGAACACAUAAAAUCAUAUUUUUGUUCUUGGCUGCAGCCAUCAGGAUUAUCCAGCCGCAGGGUGUUUUUUCUUUUUUUUUUCUUUCUCUUGGGGGGCGGAGAGUGGGGUUUGAGGGAUUGCGUGAUAUUUUACCAGCAACUUUGUGUUUACUGCAAUGUGUGAGGAAAGUGCAAGUGACAGCAGUGGGAACAGGAGGGUUGCUGGGUUCUGUUGAAAUUUUUCCUGUGGGAAUCUGCUGAUGUAUUUAAUGCUCUGCAAGUGUUUUUUGGUGUGUUGUGUUUUUUUUAAGGUAAUCUUCCUGACAUUUGCAUAUGUUUCUUUUACACAGCUAUAAUGAAUUGGAAGCUGAACGUUUUGUGAUUGCAUGAUGAAAUUGUGGCGUUGGCGCUCCAGAACUAUUAUUAGAACGGUAGAUAUGGUCAGCCGGAGAUAUAGGAUAAACCAUACGAAAUAGGUGAAUGGUACGGUUUUUCUGGCCCAAAGUGCCGCUACAUUGCCCCAUGGCUCUUCCGUCUCCAGAUCCUCAGUAUGUUCUUCGGGGUGCCAAUGAUGCAGUCAACACUCUGUGCUUUCACUGCAGAGACCCGGAACCAGAGCUCCCCAUUCUUUUCUCGGGAUCUUCUAAUGGGCUGAUCCCUAUUUGGAAUAUGAAGACUCAUAGGAUAGACAGAACACUGGAUGGCCACGGUGGAAAAUCAGUGUAUUGGCUGAAAACCUUAUGCAACCGAAAUGCCCUUCUUAGUCAGGGCCGUGACCAAAACAUCUGUCUGUGGGACCUGGCAGAAGGGAGGUCAGCUGUCACAGACUCCAUCUUCACGGAGAACGUUGGAUUCUGCAAAUGUUCCCUCUUGGAGUUAUCGGAGAGGCGCUGGCUACUGGCCACACCAUGGAGAGGCCUGGAAGAGGUUCGGGUUUGGGAGCUCCCAUCCAAGACGUCAGUCUGUACCUUGAAGCCAGAGGCCGAUGCCAAACUGGGCAUGCCCAUGUGUCUGAAGCUGUGGCAGCCCAGCACCGGCUCAUCUCCUUUCCUUCUGGCUGGCUACGAGGACGGAUCGGUCGUCCUGUGGAAUUUGUCGACGGGGGGAAGGCUGAGCCGGCUGGCGUGUCAUCAGGAGCCAAUCAUGGGCCUUGACUUUGACUCGGAGAAGGCCAGAGGGGUCUCGGGCUCGUCUGAGAAGCAGCUCUGCGUCUGGAGCCUCCGUGAGCAGCAGAACCUGGAGCUCCAACAAACCUACAACCUCACCAAUCCUGGGAUCGCUGAGGUGACCCUCCGGCAAGACAAGAAGAUCUUGGCGACCGCUGGCUGGGAUCACCGCAUCCGGCUCUUUGGUUGGAAGAAGUUCAAGCCUUUAGCCGUACUGGACUACCACAAAGCAACAAUCCACUGUGUGGCCUUUUCGGAUCACACUCAACCCAGCAAAAGGCUAAUGGCAGCUGCCUCUAAAGAUCACCGCAUCAGUGUCUGGUCAAUAUAUAAUCAGACAUGAAAAGGGAGUUGGACUCAAAGAAGAAAAACUAGCCCAAGUUUGCAGUUUAGGGUUGAAACAUUGUAGGGCCAUGGUGAGGGUUAUCAGCAGCGGUUACUUGGAUGAUUGUAGCACCUGUUGAUUGUCAGAAAUGUUGAAUUACAAUCUCCAGAGAGAUUACAAGAUUGGAGAAGGCAACUGAACCAGUGGACUGGAUUGGAAUCUUUGUUACAGACAUUAACCAGACAGAAAUAUAACACAAUGAGGCUAUUCACAAACAUGUGCAAACCUGGGCUAAGGAAGCCCAGCCCCGUUUUGCACACGCGUGUGAAUUGCUGAGAUCAGGCCCGAUCUCGGUGGCAAACCCACCUAUGGAGCCUCCCUUCUAAACGGUGCUCAUUUGGGUGGGUGAUCUGCCCGCCCACGGACGGCAGGACGAUCGUCUAUGGGGAGGAAAGCACUUUUGGGUGUCCUCCCCGCAAAAUGGGUAGCCCUUUCUCAAUGCGUGUGAGAAAGAGUUCAGUAAGUAAUAACAUACCACAAUCAUGAUUUUACCUGUCCCUUCUUACAGAACACAGUUCCAAAUAUCACAAUAUAAUAAUACAACUGCCAUUCAUGAUUUUACCAAUUGUUCCCUUACACAACUUGUGAUGUAACAUAUUUUUACCACCAUGACAUAAACAUUAAUAUUACUGUGAGACAAAAUUGGAGACACAUAAAAGGCCGAUGGCCUACCUGGAAAUGUAGACAAGGUCGACAACAAAAGUACCGACUGAAUAUCCCUAUAAAACAAGCAGUGGAACAACAAGUGAUCGAUAGUCUCAACCUCUCUUGACUGACACGGGCAUAUCCGUUGAAGUGGACUCAGAAAUGGAUACAGGACUAUAUUGUUCCUUUCAAAAAUGGCAACGGUUUGAUUUUUUGGAAUUUGAAUUGUGGGUGGGAGGCUAAAUUUGUUUUCUUUGUACUUUUAUUUUCUCGUUGGUAUUUUUGAUACAUCAAAUAACAAAAAUGAAAAUGUUGAAUGGAGGGGAAGCAACAUAUAAGCUGUAGCUUGCUUGAUGAAAGAAACCAUAAAGGGCAGUUUGUGGCUUGAUUUUUUUUUUGCCCCAGAGCUGCUGCUGCUGUCAGGCAUUUAUUUCCCUCAUACAUGGUCUAAGGCAGGGGUAGGCAACCUUGGUUCUCCCGCUGUUGCUCAACUACAACUCCCAUUAUCCCCAGGCACAAUGAAUGCCAGCGUGGUGUAAGGGUUAGAGUGCUGGACUAGGACCAGGGAGACCUGAGUUCAAAUCGCCAUUCAGCCAUGAGAUUAGCUGGGUGACUCUGGGCCAGUCACUUCUCUCUCAGCCUAACCUACUUCACAGGGUUGUUGUGAAAGAGAAACUCAAUUAUGUAGUACACGGCUCUGGGCUUCUUGGAGGAAGAGCAGGAUAUAAAUGUAAUAAUAAUAAUAAUAAUGAUAAUAAUAAUAACAACUGGCGAGUCAAGGUUGCCUUCCCCUGGUGUAAGGGGUUAAUCUCCCUCAGAGAUGGUCUCCCACUCUGAUGGAGAAAACUACUGCAGGUAUGCCUUGAAGUGGGAAAUCAAGCUUUCUAGAAAUAUAUAAAUGCAAACUUGUUCUGUUGUUCUGAAUUGGCAACAUUAAACCCCCGCUGGGGUGUGUUUCCUUUG